AUGGACGACCUCCGCGAGCAGGUGGAGCUGCUGGAGAAGAGCGCAAACCUCUCCGCCAGCAUAGAUCACGUGCAAAAGGCGAUUGAUAUGCUCACUGCAGCUCGUGCAAAGAUCGCAGCGGAUCCCACAACGGCGCCCUUGACACUCGCGAGACUCCAGGACCCUUUGAAGCAAUCUCUCGACACUGUACAGAAAGAUCUUAAGCCCAUUUACUCAGGUCUAAACAAAUACGGCAAGGCACUUGACAAGAAAUUCAAAGACAAGCCCCUCCCCUCUGCCGAAAAUGACGCCCUAUCGUCACAUCCCUCACUCAUCAACCGUGCUAUUGCCAUGCACCUCCUCCGCGAGGGCCAAUUCGACGUAGCCUCGACCUUUGUACAAGAAGCCAGCCGCCAGCCGCCACGCCCAGAGCCCACUCCCAACACACCAAACCCCCACAUACGCGAGUCCUGGGAGAGGGAUCUGGCAGAGGGCACUUUCAAUUCAGAAGAGCUGCAGCAGAAGUUUGCCGAAAUGUACCACAUACUACACGAGUUGCGCGGUCAAAGGAAUCUACAGCCAGCCAUACAAUGGGCCCGCCAACGCAGCGCUGAACUCGAGGGUCGCGGCAGUAAUCUCGAAUUUGAGCUCUGCCGUCUUCAAUACAUCUGCCUCUUCGACAGCCAUAACCCACACAGCGACGCCAUGGACACAGAAAUCCCCACUGGUGUCCUGAACGCCUGGGCCUACGCACAUCGCGAAUUCCCCCCCUUCCACAAGCGCUACGCCCGUGAAAUCCAGCAACUCCUCGGUGCAACGGCCUUUUGGCCAAACGUUAAAGACUCGCCCUACUACCGCCUCUUCUACAAUGACUCCGCCUGGGAAGAAGUCGCCCACUCCUUCAACCGCGAAUUCUGCUCUCUCCUUGGCCUCAGCGCUGACUCGCCACUCUUCAUCGCCGCCACCGCCGGCGCCAUCGCACUCCCUUACUUGUUGAAGAUGCAGUCCAUCAUGAAGGAGAAACGUACAGAGUGGACGACCCAAGAUGAAUUACCCGUCGAGAUUCCGCUGCCCAGCCAGUACCAUUUCCAUAGCAUUUUCGUAUGUCCGGUUUCAAAGGAACAGUCGACGGAUACGAAUCCACCGAUGAUGAUGCCGUGUGGCCAUGUUAUUGCCCAGGAGUCGCUGGAUAAACUAAGCAAGGGAUCGCGGUUCAAGUGUCCGUAUUGUCCGAAUGAGUCUCACCCAAGGGAUGCGAGGAAGGUCGUACUGUAG